GCCCUUCAUUGAUUUUCAGAAGUUAUAAAAAACCUUCAACGACCGAAUUAUUGUUCACUACUCAUUUUGUGUUAUACAAUUCAAUGGUUUUAUUGAACACUAAAUUUGCACAACGCUACGCAUUCGAUGAAGUGUGUUUCGGGCGCGGAACCACUGUUUGAAAUUAGUCGCCAUAGUACUUCUUUGUCGCAGUCCAGAAAUGCCCAGACGGAGUACGUCCCUAUAUAUUCGUCACCUUCCAGACACAUGCAGGCAUGACGAUUUAAGACGUUGCUUCGGUCGAUAUGGCAGGAUCGUCGAUGUUACAAUACCACUCGAUUUCUUCACCGGAAGAAUGAAGGGCUAUGCAUUUAUAGAGUUCGAGAAUCCUAGGGACGCUGAAGAUGCCCAUUAUUACAUGGACCACACACGGUUCAUGGGUCGUGAUAUCGAGGUCGAGUUUACGAGGGGUUACCGCAAAACUCCUGCUGAAAUGCGUCUUAAAGAAAGGCGCGAUGAUACACACCGAGGCGGCAGACGGUAUCGAUCCCGGUCCCGAUCAAGUCGUAGAUCCAAUUCCAGACAGAAAGGUGUGGAGCCAUAUUAUCGAGGCCGACCUAAUGACCGCCGAGAUGAUUCACGAAGACGAGUGAACAACGUCCGUCCUAAUAGAUCAGCGUCCAGGUCAAGAUCACCCACCAGAUCCCGAUCAGCAAGUCACGAUGGAAUGGACAAUGGUGAUGAAGUACGUAAAGGGAGUCGGCGCAAUGACCGCAGGGAUAACCGUGCUGUCUCUCGAAGUCCCGCUCACAGACGCGGUUCUGUGUCACGAUCCCGCUCCGGUUCAUAUUAAUCAUGUAUAUGCUCUUACUCUAAUUUUAUGCAAUGCAAUGGAUACUUUUCGUCAUUGCGUAUGUGUUUAAUUACAAUAAAUGUCUAUGCAGACAUCAGAGCUGCAUUUAUGCCCAUUAUGCUACAUUGCAUUCUUUGUUUGCGUUCGAACUUGCUAAUUUCAGAAAGUUGCUUAUACGAAUUUUUCAAAUUGAUAUUCCUAAAUAAAACUUAUGCAACUGUGAA